UAGACUGUACUUCUCUCUUUGCUGUCAUGGCUGAACAAAGCUUAGCUUGAAUGGUUGUACGCAUUUCAAAAUUUUUGAAACAUUUCUUUGUUGGAUCCAGGAUUUUUGUCGAAUAGGGGUCCAAUCGAGAAGUGGAAACGAAAAUUUAUACAAUUUAGGCCAUAGUUUGUGAAUACCGCAAUAUCUCGGUGCAUAGUUGCUAAUAAAAAUUGUCAAGAGACACACCCACAGCCAUAGCUGGCAUGUACGACCAAUGUAAUCAGAUUAAAGCGUACAAGGCGCAUUUAGUAAGAUCUCGAACCAAAACCUCUAUCGAAUACCGACCUAGGUUUUCUAAGACUUCUCCGAGAAACUAUGAACUCUAAAUUGAAUUGAAUUAUUAUUAUUCAUUUUCUUCUUCUUCAAAUUGUUCAUUUAAAAAAAAAAAUGAUUAUCUUUCUUUUUUUAUACAGUUGCACUGCUUGCAAAUUCCGCCCUUGGAACAACAUACGAGGAAACGGUGUUCGAAAAAUGCUUGUCCAGCAGUGGUGUGUUCGAUACGUUGGUGGAUCCAAUGGGAAACUCAGUAGACGUGAGCACUCUUGAGGGUUUGUUGUUUGCUGUCACAACUAUUCUUUACAACGGAGAAAUAUGCACACACAAAGAUGCCUACUUGUCCUGCAUUAGCACGACUCUGCCUUCCUCCUCAUACCCCGUGGACGCCAGACUGAAAAACGUCAUCAACAUCACCCAAUUCGAAUCUGAAAUCAACAGUAUAUGCAGUACAGACAUCUCAAGUGUAAUUACUGACGUUCAGAACUGCGAAUCAAGUCUCGUUACCAUCAAAACGUCCUGUAUAACCGUAGAUUAUUCAUCAGACGCCAGUUUCUGUGCAAACACCGUAUCUUCCUUCGGAACAUGUUUAACAACUUAUUGUGGGACAACAUUAUCACAGUUUGUCGGGCUAAAAGUUCUCAACAUUGUAACUCAGUCUUGUUUAGAUCAGCUUUUCCCAACAACUGCAGUAUCAACUACAGCAGAAUCCACCACUGUAACUCAAAAAAUGUCUACGACACAGUCAACAUCCAUGAGUUCUACAGAACCUAGUUCCACCACUUCAAUAGCAAUAUCAACUUCCACAAGUUCAACCACCAUUUCUGCCACAACAGAAUUCACCUCUACUCAACCAACAACUCUUACACAGUCAACAGCUGUGAGUUCCACAGAAUCUAACACCUUGUCAACAACUCUUUCACAGUCAUUGUCUACAAAUUCAACCACCAUCUCUGACACAGCAGAAUCUACAACCUUCACUGCACCAUGGACCACUUCACUGUCCACAUCCACUGGUUCAGCCACCACCACAUCUGGAUCAACCACCACUACAACACAAUCAACAUCUAUGAGUUCAGUUGAUGGUUUCAACACAUCAGAUUCAGCCAACAUGACUACCCAACCAACAACUACAGGACCUACAACUUCAACUCAGCAAUCGUCUACUGCACAGUCAACAUCCACAAGUUCACCCACCAUUUCUACCACAACAGAACCCAGCACCACUCUGCUGACCUCAACACAAUCAACCUCAACUGUCUCCUCCACAACAGGAACCACUUCUACAACUCAAACACCGACUAGCACACAGUCAACAUCGACAAGUUCACCCACCAUUUCUACCACAACAGAACCCAGCACCACUCUACUGACCUCAACACAAUCAACCUCAACUGUCUCCUCCACAACAGGAACCACUUCUACAACUCAAACAUCGACUAGCACACAGUCAACAUCCACAAGUUCACAGAGUACAUCAGCCAGUGCCACAACCCAGUCAACGUCUACAAGUUCACAGAGUACAUCAGCCAGUGCCACGACCCAGUCAAACAGGGAUAAUGGGGGUACCAGACUGUCCAUUUCCAAGUCGAUGAUCUUUUUGAUUUUUUUCCUUGUGUAUAGGCCUAUUUAAAUAUUACCUUUUACCAAUGUAAAAAGAUCAAAGUGAGAGGCUACCAUGUAAGGGCUUAGCCUAUCCCAUUCAAUGUACAUGUACUUCUUGUAUUGUAAAUAGGUAUACUGAAUGAAAUGGUUUAUUAAAUUAAAUAUAAAAACACACAA